AUGGGGUCUGUGACAGCGUCUCCUGAGAAGCGGUGCUGGGUGACUUUGGUGACCAAGCCAUCGUAUCUUCCAGGUGUCAUGAUCCUGGCUCAUACUCUGGAUCAGCACAAAUCGUCUUAUCCUCUCUUGGUGCAAUACACUGACUCGCUGGGCGACAAAGCGGUCGCUGCCCUCCGGGAAGAAGCCGAGAACUAUGGCCGCAUACAAUUGGAACGAGUUCCCCUGCUGCUGCCCAGGAAGGACCAGGAGAAUACUGGCAGUGUCGCUGAUCGCUUCAAAGAUACCUUCACCAAACUCCGAGCCUUCGAGAUCUACAGACUUGGUUUCACCCGAGCUGUCUUUCUGGAUGCCGACGUGGCCGUUUUCCAGAAUCCCGACGACAUCUUCGAGUGCAAAAUCCCAUGCCAAGACUGGAUUGGGGCCAAUCACGCCUGUGUGUGUAACCUAGACCGUGAUCUGUGGGCUCCACCUGAAUGGCACAAGGGCAAUUGUGCGUACACACCGUUGAAUCGCCCCGACGAAGUGGCUCCAGAGAUCACGCCGGAGAGUCGACCCACAUAUCAUCUCUUGAACAGCGGCAUGUUUGUCUUUUACCCUUCCGAGCAGCUAUGGAACAGCAUGCUUCGUUUCUUCCACACCAGCGACCAGUUGAAGAACUAUCAGUUUCCGGAUCAGGACUUCCUCGCCGCCUUUUUCCGUGGCAAAUGGUAUCCGCUAUCCUGGAAAUACAACGCCCUCAAGACCAUGAGAUACUGGCAUCCUCGGAUAUGGUCGGACGACAAGCUGGUGGUCCUCCAUUACAUUGUUGACAAGCCUUGGGAGAGGCAAGUCGGCCCCGAUGGUCUUGCCGGUCAUCUUGGUAGAGACGGAGUGACACAUCAAUGGUGGUGGAACAUAUAUCAUGAACGGAGAACCCAGCGAAGAGAGAGGCAACCCAAUAGUGUCGGACUCCUGACCGUGGACGAGCUGGUCGACACCGAGGAACCAUUCAAAGAGAAGAUUCCACUGCCUCAGGAAGUCGGCAAGCCUGAGGAUGUCCUGCCAUCGACAUAA